AUGGCAUGCGACAUACGAGCUCUGUGCUUAAGUAGAAAUACAACAAUAGAAAUGGCAAGGGACAGGGGAUACAGCACCACUCAGGAAAUAAUGGAUGUUGCUGAGUUUUACGAGAAGUAUCCGUUUGCUCUUACGAAGAGAUCCACGAUGAACUUCACAGCGGUUGAUGGAAACAAGCCGGUUGCGGUUCACUUUGGGGAUGACGAGAAGAUGGGGAAGAAGGUCUUUGAGGUAUUGGUGUCUCAGUAUGAGAAGGACGGGAUACUGCAUCUGGUUCUUGUGGUUGCACAAAUGCCGAGUCCAACAGUGAUGUCGAUGAUAUCACUGAUGCCUCGGCUUGUGAUUGAAGUGUUUUUGGUGGAGGAGCUUGUGUUCAACAAGACAAAGCAUGCAUGGGUUCCUCCACACAGGAUCCUGUCGAGGGAGGAGCGGGAAGCCGUCUUGAAGAGUCUAAAGCUUAACCCGCAGGAUCUUCCUCGGAUUCAGAAGAGCGACGUGAUCGCUAGAUAUUUUGGAGCAAGGCAGGGAGACGUUAUGGAGAUCAUAAGAAGGUCUAAGACAGCGGGAGAAUGUGUCUACUAUAGGGUUGUUGUUGACAAGCAGAAAUAA